GUGAAGGUUUGGGUAUUUUCUCGAAAACGUGGAUUAAAGCAGGGACAGAGAUGGGCCCGUUCACCGGACGCCUCAUCUCACCUGAACACAUCGACCUGUACAAGAACAACAACCUCAUGUGGGAGGUGUUUAACGAGGACGGGACGGUGCGGUAUUUCAUCGACGCCAGUCAGGAGGACCAGAGGAGCUGGAUGACCUACAUCAAGUGCGCGAGGAACGAGCAGGAGCAGAACCUGGAGGUGGUUCAGAUCGGCAGCAGCAUCUUCUACAAGGCUGUGGAGGUCAGUGAACGCAUCGGCAACUCUGCUGCUUCUGUCGAA